CACACCAAUAAUUACACACCGAUAACAUACUCAUGUCGAAAAGGUAAAGUUUGCGAGAUAAAAGUUAAAUGCUGCGAACAUGCAACACAAAUAAAGCCAUCAGGGUGACAUUGAGAUCUCGGAAGUCCUUUCAACGGAAUGAAGUAGCCAAUCGGGUUAUCAAGUUUGAGGGCCCCGCCACUUGAAAUCACAGCCCUUCUGAACUUUUGACUAUCGUGGAAUUGAUGAUCCGGAGGAACUUCCAAACGCGCCGGUCACGUGUAUGAUCACGAACCGCGCUUGCUGCUUCCCGCAGUUCCGUGAAUCAUUUCAUAAUUCGGUCCUCCAAUAUGCCAGCUUUCCGUGCGCUCAGAACGCUCGUGCGGUCGCUAACCACCACUGCCAGACCUACAUCAGAGCUCGUUGGCACAGCCCCUCCGCACCAGUGCUACAUCUUCCUGCAUACCCCACAGCCGCCCAGCGAGUAUCCCGCCAAGUACGCAACCCCCGUCCAGCGCGCACUCCUUCUACGCACCGCUAAAUGGGGCGGGUCUGUAAAUUUUGCGUGGUCUGAGGACCAACAAUCUAUCCGUGCACGACCACCUGGGGAGGAAGACAAGCAGGAAUAUCAUUUGACAGCGUUUGCGCAUCCGCUGGGAAAGCUUGAGGCUACUGUGUCCAUGGACAAUAUUGAGGAGGUGGAAGAACAGUUGAGGAUGCAUGUUGAGGGUGUCUCUGGUGCUACGUCCUCGAAUUUAGAUGAUGUGCAUUUAUAUGUCUGUACUCAUGGUGCGCGAGAUUGUCGGUGCGGAGACAUUGGGGGAGCAGUUGCCCAGGCUGUAAGGGAUGAGCUCCGGAAGCGCAGAGAUGCCGAUCCGAGUGAUCCCAGUACCUGCAUUAAGCUUGCAGAAGUGGCACAUGUCGGAGGUCACAAAUAUGCAGCAAAUCUUCUUGUGUACCCGCACGGAGAAUGGUUAGGUGAAGUAGAGCCCGAGGAUGUUCCAGAGAUUCUAGAUGCUAUUCUGGCAUUACCAGCACGCCCGCGCAACACUGACGAAAUACCUAUUUGUCCUCGUCAUUGGAGAGGUCGCAUGGGGUUAAGCAAGGACGAGCAGAUCCAGCUCUUGCAGCGAACUUACUCAUGAUCCAUAGAGUACACAUACCAUAGUACCAGUAUCACACCUAGAGACAUGCAUGCAUAUUCUAUAUUAGACAGCAGACU